AUGGAGCUCUCGGCCGUCGGGGAGCGAGUCUUCGCGGCCGAGGCCCUGCUCAAGCGCCGCAUCCGCAAAGGGCGGAUGGAAUAUCUGGUCAAAUGGAAGGGCUGGUCUCAGAAGUACAGCACUUGGGAACCCGAGGAGAACAUCCUAGAUGCCCGGCUGCUCGCAGCGUUUGAGGAGAGGGAGCGAGAAAUGGAGCUAUAUGGGCCUAAAAAACGAGGUCCCAAGCCCAAAACCUUCCUGCUAAAGGCCCAGGCAAAAGCAAAAGCCAAAACCUAUGAAUUCCGCAGUGACUCUUCCCGGGGAAUCCGGGUGCCGUAUCCUGGCAGAUCCCCCCAGGAGCUGGGCUCCACGUCCCGGGCUAGGGAAGGACUGAGAAACAUAGCUCUGCCUCCCCAGAGCAGCUCCAGCACCAGCACCCCCAAAGCAGAUGGCAUCCGGGACCGGGUGAUUCGUGUGGAGGAGAAACCUGGGGAGACCCCCAAAAAGAGAGGCCCAAAGCCCCGGAAGGAGCUUUACAAGGACCUGGCGGAGACUCUGGAUGCCUCCAAGAGGAAACUAGGGGAUGCAGGGGACAAGAUGGGAGACUACCUGAAGGCCAGGAAGAUGGAGGAGGCAGCAGCAGGGGCAGCCAAGUUUGGCUCGGGACACAGUGUCAUCCAGCUGGCCCGGCGACAGGACCCUGACCUCCCCAGCACCCUGCCUGGUCCCAACCGAGCCGAGGUGGGUGCCAAACUGGGAGCCGCUGAGACCUACCCUCCACGGCUGGCCAAACACCGCGCAGACUUUCUGGACCCCAAGGGGCAGGGGGGGCUGGACCCUGGUGGGCCCAAGCUCCUGCAUAGCGCAGUGAGCCCAGGCAGUGUGGGCAGCCUGUACCGUGAUGGUGUCGGGGGUCAGGCAGGACGACCCUCCCUCAUCGCCAGGAUCCCUGUCUCCAGGAUCCUGGGGGACCCCGAGGAGGAAUCCUGGAGCCCCUCUCUCAACAACCUGGAGAAGGUGGUGGUAACUGAUGUGACCUCUAACUUUUUGACCGUCACCAUUAAGGAGAGCAGCACGGACCAAGGAUUCUUUAAAGAGAAGCGAUGA